GCACAGCUUAGCACCCAAAAAUUAAUUAUAUUAAAAGGCAAAAUUCCAAAGUUAUAAUUAGAUUCUGUAGAGCAGAAUAUAGUCUUACACUACAUUCGAAUGAUAUUGAAAUUUGAAACCCUUUUUUAAUUAAACACAUAUUCUCAAGAGAAACUUUUCACGAAUGCACAAAUUGUAAUUUCUCUUGAAUUGCCUCCACACGUUGUAGGCCUAUUAUACCAACACGGACUACUCAUCUUGGUCUAACUAACGCAUGUGGAAUAUCUAAUUACCAAUAAUUGAAAUUCCUGUUAAAAGUCUCAUUGUAAAUAAUUAAUGGUGUAAAUAAUUGGUUAAAUACAAAACAGAUGUCCGGGGCAUGCGCUCCACAGCGUUACGCACGGGCAAGGGUGGGCCUGCGCACUUAGUGCGCAUUCGAUGUCUGUAACAGUGGUUACAGGUUAAGCCACGAUGCAAUCACUUUGCACUUUCCAGUGCAAUACUGAGAGCAAUCCAUCACAAAAAAUCAGUUCUCUCCAUGUUAUUGGCUCCUGUGUAUUCUGAAAUCCAACACCAUCUUCGACUUUGUUGUGAAUCUCUUGAAUUUUUGACCUUAUACUUUUCAUGUAAACAAUUUAGAAUGACUGUUACUACACUAUGAGCCAAACUAAUUACACGUCACUGUACUUCUUCAUGAACCGAACCACAUGAUAAGUAUUUAUCCAACGAUAACCUAUAUCUAAACUAUGGUCACAUCUAUUCUCAUUUAUUUACUCUUAGGCAUGAAAAUAACAUUUUUUACGAAAAGUAAUUGUAGAGGGUAUUAAGAAAAACAAUCGGACCUAUGAGAUGUGUUCAAUGAGGUCGCCUAGGCUACACCUACUGUAGUGGUGUACAAUAGUUUGCUUCAAAAUCAUAGGCGAGGAGGAGCGAGGAGGAGGAGUAGAUCAGGAGCGCAAAGGAGUAGAAUCUACAAUAGCAAGGAAAGCUCGGCGCACAGAGGGGUGAGCAAGCGCACAGGACACUGUCAACUCACAGUCAAAGCAGUUAAACUGUCACAUCGGAGAGAAAACUCCUGUCGGCAGUUACGUCAAGCCAAAAGAGUUCUCACUGGAGUCUUACUAAAAGAGCGAAGAACGUUGCCAACUGAAGAACAUGGAAAUUGGAGAAGUAUGGCUCUGCGCUUCAUUGCACAACUUGGAGAAAUCGCGAGGAAGCUAAGAGCAAGCGCGAGCAGGGAAGGAGAGUAAAUGACAAGAAUUACGCAGAGACUGUGAGAGAAUAGUCACACAGACAUGAAUAACACCACCGGGAACGGAAAGCCCCAGUCCCGGGAUCCCACCAUCCCAGUCAUCAUGUUCAUAUUCGGGGUGGUGGGGAAUGUUAUCGCCAUCGUGGUGCUACGCAAAACUAGGAAGGAACAGAAGGAGACCACAUUCUACACGCUCGUGUGCGGACUCGCAGUGACUGACCUCCUGGGCACUCUCCUGGCCAGUCCCGUCACCAUCGCAACCUACAUGAAGGGCGAGUGGCCCGGGGGACAGUCGCUGUGCCAGUACUCUGGAUUUAUCCUCCUAUUCUUCUUCCUGGUGCAGCUCAGCAUCGUCUUCGCCAUGUCCAUCGAGAGAUACCUGGCCAUUAACCAUGCCUAUUUCUACAACCAUUACGUUGACCAGAGACUUGCCGCCCUGACACUGGUAACCAUUUACGUUUCAAACGUUCUCUUUUGCGCGCUGCCCAGUAUGGGUCUUGGAGAGGUCAAACUCCAGUAUCCAAAGACGUGGUGCUUUAUCGACUGGCGGACAAACGACUCGACUCACGCCACAUUCUCCUACAUGUACGCUGGUGUGAAUUCGUUUCUGGUGCUGGCCACUGUCAUAUGCAACGUGAUGGUGUGCGGGGCGCUCAUCAUGAUGCACAAGCGGUUCAUACGCAGGACCUCGCUGGGCACGGACCAGGGGCGCAUCGCGGACCUGCGGCGCAGGCGGAGUUUCAGACGCUUGGCUGGGGCAGAGAUACAAAUGGUCAUACUGCUCAUAGCUACUUCUGCCACAGUACUCAUCUGCUCAAUACCGUUAGUGCUGCGGAUCUUCGUUAACCAGCUGUCCCGUGCCAACGUGGACGACGUCUCCAUCGCCGAGAACCCUGACCUGCGAGCCAUCCGGAUGGCCUCGGUCAACCCGAUCCUGGACCCCUGGAUCUACAUCCUGCUGAGGAGGACCGUGGUCCUGAAGCUGGUGGAGAAGAUCAAGUGUCUGUUCUGCAGGAUGGGCAGCCGGGGCCGCCGCCAGGCCAGAGGGCAGUUUGACUGCGUUGACGGCCCCUGCUCGUCGUCCAUCGUGUCCCGGGAUUGCCCUUCGCUGGUGUCCCCCGGGCUGAGGGGGGUCAUCAGCACUUCGCAGACCUUUCUCUACCUACCCGAGGCUUCUGACUCUGGGCCCGGUGGGUUCACUCCCGGGGGCCUGGGCAGACCCAGCCCCCCUGCAGUGGAGCGCUCCCUUCUCCAGGACCUCAAGAUGGUAAGGGAGCAAGAGGACCCAUUACUGGCCACCUCUGAGGUCAAGAUGCUGGGGACGCCAGGUGGUAUGGACAGGCUACCCCUGGAGCCCUCGAAGGACCCAGCUCUUUAUGUCACCUUCACGGACGAGACCUCGAACUUGCAGGAGAAAUGCAUCUGACAUUGUACUUUGAGAACUCUAACCACCCUUCGCACAUGUGGUUGGUCAACUGAACUUAAAAGGAGAAGGGAAAUUGCUGCUGGUUGAACUUGAAUGGCAGCUGACUCACAUGAAUGCUAUUGCGAAUGCAGCUGAAACAUAAAGGACUAUGGGUAGGCUAGUUUAAGGCCACUCAGGACAUUGUGUCUUCAAGACUAAAGACUGCUCUAUUCAUGUGACUGACCUGUACGUCAGGUGAUGAGGUAGAAAGGUAAAACGAACAUCAAAAAUAUACAAAUUGAAUAGUGUUGAAUAGCCUAAAUGUGUCUCUACAUGUCACAGUCCUACUGCAAUAUAAACGCAACGUACUAUACACAGCAAUGGUGUUCAGCCACAAAACCCAAAUAUUUUCAGCUACACAUUAAAUUGUUAAGGGGAAUUUCAGCACACUUUUAGAAACGUAAAACCACUGCAAGGUCAAUUAAGCAACCACAGGCUUACUAGACAUUCUGACAUAAGCUCAAGAAUGACAUUCAAAUACUGUAUAGUCAUGCUACAAUGUGAAUUGUGUGUUCCAUGUUUAAGUUAUUUAAGAAAUCGAAAAAUAUAUCUCUUCUCUGUGAGAAGGUUUGAUAAGUCUGAACUGUACAAAUGAUUAAAAGAUGGGCUGCAAGCUUUGGCUACUUCAGAAACACUUGUAAACAAUUCAUCAUUUUAAAUGGCACUUCUACAACGUUGCAUGAGGUAUGGGGCACCAACAAAACUAUUGACUACAAUAUAAUAAUCCCAUGCCAUGUUGUUCCUUGUGUUGACCUAUCUUGACAUUUUGUGAAGUGAGUAAAGGAUGUUAAAAGAACCGA